AUGAAGGGAGAGAAGAGAGGGAGUCCAUUGGACGAGAAUUUCCUCAAAAAAUUAAGGCUUUGUGAAGAGAAGAAAGAGAAUACAAAUGAAACUUCUCCCACCCAAGUUGCAGAAACUGAUGUCAAAGCAGAACUAGAUUCGACACCACAAGAUGCCGAUGAAAUUUUUAGGAAAAUGAAGGAAACGGGUCUCAUCCCGAAUGCUGUGGCAAUGCUUGAUGACCUUUGCAAGGAUGGGCUGGUCCAAGAGGCCAUGAAGCUGUUUGGGUUAAUGCACGAGAAGGGUACGUUCCUGGAAGUUGUAAUCUACACAGCUGUAGUUGAGGGCUUCUAUAAGGCUCAAAAACUUGAUGAUGCCAAGAAGAUUUUUAGAAAGAUGUAG